AUGGAGAGAGAGGCCAACUAUGUCUCUGUUCUACCUCUUGGACCACCUUAUAAAAGGAAACAAACUACAAUUGCAGUUUUAUGGAAAGGAGCUCAGAGGCUUCUGAUCUACAGCAUGGAAAGAUAUGCUGAAUGUGGUUGUGAUACAGCAUCUCCCACCACCGCCAAAGUAAAAAGAGAAAGUCAUAUAUGCUUCGUAGAAGAAUAA